AUGGGGAGGAAUCCCAUUACCGGACCUAUAGACAAAAAGGUCUAUAACUUUGUGAUUGAACUUUUAGACGAAAUAAGUGAGGAAAGAAGAAAAACUUUAUCGAGUGAUGAGUUGCAAGAUCCUUUUGCAGGUAUUGAAUCUGCCAAAAACUUGACCAUUUCCCAAGUCUUAGCCUACGUUCAAGCAAAAGAUGUAGUACUCAAACGCACCAAAAAGGCACAGCUCGAGAAAUCUGUAGCGAGAAUGCUCAGAAUAGUACGUGAGGACGAAGCCAAUGAAUUGAAUAAGACUUUGCAAGAUAUGUCUCCAAAGGAAUCAGAGAGUGAAGAGGAGGAGGGAAAUUUGGAAAGCAAUUUGAUGGAGGUCAAGGAUACAAACUCUACAAAUAAAUCAGUAGUAUCUUUGUGGAACUUUGAUGAGAAUAGCGAAUCUACUGAAGAAGCGCCAAAGAAUAAAGAUGACAGUGAGUCAAAAGGGACAAAGAGAAAGUCAAAGGAUUCUUCUAAGUCAAUGCUGAAGAAACAGAAACGAAAAGUUAAUUAUUCUACACCGACAUCUGACUUUUCAACGCUUGGAGGCAUGGAUAACAUUAUUACACAACUUUUAGAAACUAUUGGAUUACCUAUCUUACACCCAGAGAUCUAUACUUCCACGGGAGUUGAGCCACCAAAGGGAGUAUUAUUGUAUGGUCCGCCCGGGUGUGGUAAGACGACAAUUGCAAAUGCGCUAGCGGGCGAAUUGAAGGUGCCCUUUAUAAAUAUAUCAGCCCCAUCCAUUGUUUCAGGUAUGUCAGGAGAGUCCGAGAAAAAAUUGCGAGACUUGUUUGAAGAAGCAAAGUCUGUAGCACCGUGUCUUAUAUUCAUGGACGAAAUUGAUGCCAUAACACCCAAGAGAGAUGGAGGUGCUCAAAGGGAGAUGGAACGGAGGAUUGUUGCACAAUUGUUGACUUUGAUGGAUGAAUUGACCAUGGAAAAGACUGAUAAUAAGCCAGUGAUUGUUAUAGGGGCAACCAAUCGACCCGAUUCAUUGGAUUCUGCUCUUCGAAGAGCAGGAAGAUUUGACAGAGAAAUCUGUUUAAAUGUUCCAAACGAGAUUCAAAGGGAGUUAAUUCUUCGCGCGAUGACGGCAAAUAUCAAACUAGAACAAGGUGCAAAGUUCAAUUACAGAGAGCUAUCGAAGCUUACCCCUGGGUAUGUUGGAGCCGAUCUCAAGAGCUUGGUAACAACUGCCGGGAUAUUUGCCAUUAAAAGGAUAUUCGAAGCCAUGAGUGAACAACAAGAUCAGAACGGAAAUUUCUCAGACAGCAUGGACGUUGAUUCAAAAUGCGUGUUGGAUGAUGAAAACACUUUGACGAAAACGUUUAGUAGCAAAUCUGAAGGUGAAAAAUUAUCAACGAUACAAAGCUUUUUGAUGAAGCACCCUGAAACAUUAACAUCAGCACAACUUGAACCCUUAUCCAUCACAUACAAUGAUUUUAUCAACGCACUACCCACAGUACAACCCACUGCAAAGAGGGAAGGGUUUGCUACUGUUCCUGACGUCACUUGGCAAAAUGUUGGCGCAUUGAAUGCCGUCCGAACUGAGUUGCAUAUGUGCAUUGUACAGCCUGUCAAAAAACCUGAACUAUAUCACAAGGUGGGUAUCACAGCUCCGUCCGGAGUACUCAUGUGGGGGCCUCCUGGGUGCGGUAAAACACUUCUAGCCAAGGCAGUGGCCCAUGAAUCACGUGCGAAUUUUAUAUCAAUCAAAGGUCCAGAGCUUUUAAACAAAUAUGUUGGUGAAUCUGAGAAGGCAGUGCGUCAAGUGUUUCAAAGGGCUCGAGCGUCUAUACCGUGCAUCAUAUUCUUUGAUGAAUUAGACGCAUUAGUUCCACGCAGAGAUAGCUCCAUGUCCGAAUCUAGUAGUCGUGUGGUGAACACCUUGUUAACGGAGCUCGAUGGAUUAAACGAUAGAAGAGGUAUAUUUGUGAUUGGGGCUACAAAUCGACCAGAUAUGAUUGAUCCCGCAAUGCUUCGACCGGGAAGAUUAGACAAGACGCUUUACAUUGAACUACCUACACCUGCGGAACGGUCUGAGAUACUUAAAACCAUUGUACGUUCGAACAACAGUCCACUCGACCGAGAGGUUAAUCUUGAAAAAAUAGCAAGAGACGAAAGAUGUCGAAACUAUUCAGGUGCCGAUUUGUCUUCGCUAGUCAAGGAGGCUGCAGUUGCUGCAUUGCGAAGAAAAUUUUUUCACAAACAAGAACUAGAUCAGUUGGACAAAUCAGAAUUUUAUGAUGAAGAUGUCAAUGACGACAAUAUCAAAAUAAAUAAAGCUGAUUUUGAAGUAGCUUUGCAAGCUAUAAAACCAAGUGUUAGCGACAAAGACAGACAGAAAUAUGAGAAACUUAACAAAAGAAUGGGAUGGGGCAUAAUAAAACCAGACAAUUUAGAAGAAUCAGGAGAACAACAGUAA